CGAAGUCAUCAUUUACCCAUAACACCUUUACUUCCCAUAUUGUCCUAAACUAGAAGAAAAGAAGAGCUUUUGAAGCAAAAUGCCUAUCUACCACAUCGUCCUCUUCCGCCUCAAGCCCGGCGUCACCAAAGCACAACUGGACCACUGGUCCAACGUGGCUAAGGGCAUGGUCGGACAGAUCCCCGGUCUCCGAGAACUUCACGCCGGCAGCCCCCUCGCUGCAACGGCUGCAAGAGCUAAGGGCUUUGAUAUGGGCCUCGUGGCAAUUCUGGAGAAGGCGGAAGAUGUACAGGUCUAUGCGGCACAUCCGGCGCAUCUGGAGGUGCAUAAAUUGAGGGAGGAGUUGUGUGAGGAUACGUUGGCUUAUGACUUGGAGUUCUAAGGUGAGGGCGGAUAAUGUGAGUCUGAAAGAAAGCUUGUUUGUCUCUAGAGCGAUUUGAAUUGUGUUUUCAUGUGCUUGGCCCUAUACUAUAUAACGAGAAGCAAACGGAUGUUAACCGCCAUUAAUUUAGAAUGCG